AUGCAACACCGCUCUGAUCGAUCGACUGUCGCACGCGGAUCAGCUCCCCGACAGACGGCCAGCGGCACACGUCGCCCGGCGCAAGGCUCACGCCGCGAGAACUCGUCGGCAACACCCGCAAGCUCUAAUGGCCUCACAUGGCAGCCUCAUUUCUCUUCUCCAUCACAAAACUCUCCACGUCGUACUCGUAAUACUGCUGGCUCAUCCCAACAACCAUCACACAAUCUUGACUUCUCAGAACUCAUCACUUUCAACGACCCAGUGGUCUACGUGGUGUCCCAAAUUUUGCGUGCCCGCACUACUCUUCUACUCGCACCAGAUCAAACGGAUGACAUUAUGCGUACAGCACCUGCCAUCCUCUCGAUCAAUCAAACUUCUCAAUUUGUAGAUGAUCAAGGACACAUCAUUCAAACUGGAUAUCGCCGAGAGCAGAUGUUCACUCUAGACCAGUACUUCGUUUACGCAUAUCGUCGA